AUGUCCAACAUUGCCCUAAUAUUACAAACUGCAGAGCAUACGUAUACUAAAGUUACUCGAAAGUCCAAAAAACCAAUCAAAUGGGAAGAAUCAAUAAAAGAAAAAAUUAACAAAUUCUCGAAACAUGAAGAAAACUUAAAGACCUACAAAAGCAACAAAGAGAAGAUGUCGAAAGAAAAUCCAACACAAAUCAAAAGAUUGGCGCGAACAGAAAAGAUUGCAUUAAAUAAAGUCAAAGAUAUAGACAAGUUAUUAGCGUUUCUAGACACAUACAUAUUGGUAUAUAACCAAAAAAAAUUACAAGCUACAAGAAAAAAAAGAGUGGAUGAGAAAGAAUACGUUAUUUGA